AUUUUGGGUAUAAAUAAGCUCGAGCCGGGGCAUUUGAACAUCAAACCCUUACCAGCCUUCCACAGAAGCCAAGCAAAUAAACACGCCAACAUGUUCAAAUCCGCCGUCGUUGUCCUCGCUCUCGUUGCCUGCGCUGCUGCCAAGCCAGGACUUCUGGGUGCUCCUCUGGCCUACACCGCUCCCCUUGCCUACAGUUCUCCCCUGGCUUAUGCUGCCCCCGCUGCUGUUGUCGCCGCUCCUGCUCCGGUGGUGACUGCCACGAGCAGCCAGGUGAUCGCCAGGAACUACAAUGGAAUCGCAGCUGCCCCCGUGAUCGCUCCCGUGGCCACUCCUUUGGCUGCUCCCGUGAUUGCCAAGUACGCGGCAGCUCCCGUGGCAGCUCCUUUGGCCUACUCGUCCCCGCUGGCUUAUACAUCUCCGCUGGGCUACACUGCACUGCCAGCUGGCGGUCCUGUUUUGCUCUAA